AUGAAAACUGAAGUUUACUCCAGUCUAACCUAUUGGCAUGUGUUUACACCAUUGUUUAUCGUCACUGCACUCAACUUGUAUUUCCUGUUUAUUGUCCUUGUACGAGCAGUAGUAGAGGAGAAACAAUGCAAGAAUCCAAUUUUGAGGCACGCAUUUAGCUGGUUAAGACUUGUUAUGGUCGGGAUAUUUGAAGCGUUGUUAUGUUACAAGGUGAAUGGUGACUUAGAAGAUGGACAAGUUGCGGUUCAAUCUUCAUAUGGCAUUGUUUUCUUGCCUGUAUGGGUGCUAAUGGCUGCAUUAUGCUUCCAAGCAUUUCGUUUGUUAUGA